AUGGGCGGUUGCCUGGGUCCCCUGCGGCGGGCUACGUUUGUUGGCUUCGUGGUGGUCUUGCUGUUCUUGGUCGCCUUCCAGGCGGCGCAGGUGGAAGGUUUCCGGCGCUCGCCGCUCGCAGAUGGAGGAAGAAGGUCCGCAUCUCGCACCAGUUCGGACAUCGUCAACGUGAGCAAGAGAAAGGUUCCGAAUGGAGCUGACCCAAUUCACAACAGGUGCUCGCUCUGUUUCCAUUACUUCUUCCUCCCGAUUUCCACUACAAAAUAAGAUCAACUCUCCCCAGGGAAGAUGAGACCUUCCAGCACACCGUAGAUCCUCGGCAUUGUCUCUUAAACUCUCUCUCUCUCUCUCUCUCUCUCACUCUCGCUCUACAUUCUGUUUACGACGGCAGGAGAGCGGGGAAGGCGGGGCGGCCUCCGGGAAGAGCGUAG